GUAAAAUAUGUCCUUAAAUCCCAGGAACAAAGUCUGUACGGUCAUGUUUACAUACGGUCAACCGGGGUCAAAAAAGGGUUUCUCGGUACGAGGUAAAUAAAAAACCAAGAUGGCGGGCGGAUCGCGAAAUCGAGCCGGGAAACCUCCGCCGAGAUUGCGGCCUCACCACGCCGAAAAACAGAGCCAUGGCAAUGAGAGGAGAGAAGAGGAAGUGGUGACUGUCCAGUCUUGUUGGGCGCCCAGUUUCCACACGGCGUUCAAAGUUCUGCUGUCUGCGAGAUUCUGUGCUGCUCUACUCAGUAACAUCUCCGACUGCGACGAGACCUACAACUACUGGGAACCUACGCACUACCUGAUGUACGGUAAGGGUUUCCAGACGUGGGAGUACUCCCCGGCGUACGGUCUGCGGUCAUACGCGUAUGUCUGGCUCCACAUCCUCCCCGCGCUCUUCCACAGCCGACUGCUCAAGGCCAACAAAGUCCUCAUUUUCUACUUCAUCCGCUGUGUGCUGGGCUUCUUCUGCGCACUGGCAGAGGCUUACUUCUACAAGGGGAUCUGUAAGAAGUUCGGAGCCCAUGUGGGCAGGAUGACGCUGUGUUUCCUGCUGUUCAGUACCGGGAUGUUCAUCUCAUCUACAGCAUUCCUGCCGAGCUCCUUCUCCAUGAUCUGGACCAUGGUCGCCAUGGCAGCCUGGUGGACUCACUACGACGGGGUGGCCAUUUUCAGUAUAGCAGUGAGUGCCAUAGUAGGCUGGCCGUUUGCAGCGGCGCUGGGCAUCCCCAUAGCUGUAGACCUGGUGUUGAGAAGACAACGUGUCGCCCUGUUUUGUCAGUGGGUCAUCAUCUCUCUGUGUCUAGUACUGGUCCCCCUGAUGAUGGUAGACACUGUGUACUAUGGGAAACUGGUCGUUGCUCCCCUCAACAUCGUCCUGUAUAACGUAUUCAGUGACCACGGGCCAGAUAUAUACGGUGUGGAACCCUGGACGUUUUACUUCCUGAACGGUUUCCUGAACUUCAACAUCGUGUUUCUGAUGGGGCUGGUGGCCAUGCCGCUCGGGUUGUUUGUUGACAACAUGCUGAAGCAGCGAUCUCCGGGUUACGUUCCCACCCAUCAGCUGAUGUACACCCUGUCUCCCCUGUACAUCUGGGUAAUCAUCUUCUUCACAAGGCCUCAUAAGGAGGAGAGGUUCUUGUUCCCGGUGUACCCACUGAUCUGCCUGUGUGCAGCCGUCACCCUGGCCUCUUUUCAGAAACUUUACCACUUCACCCUAACGGAGAGAAAACGACAGCACUACACCAUCGCGUCUAACUGGGUGGCUGUCGGCAUCUCUGUUCUGUACGGGCUUCUCUGUGUGUCCAGAUCCGUCGCACUCUUCCAGGGCUACCACGCCCCCUUGGACCUGUACCCGGAACUGUCGCGGAUUGUGGAGGACCCGUCUGUCCACACCAUGGACCCCAGCAGGGAGGUCAACCUCUGCGUCGGCAAGGAGUGGUACCGAUUUCCUAACAGCUUCUUCCUGCCGGAAAAUUGGCAACUACAGUUCAUCCAGUCAGAGUUCAGAGGUCAGCUGCCCAAACCGUACGCGCCUGGCGCGGAUGGGUCAAAGGUCGUGCCAACACACAUGAACGAUAUGAACUUGGAGGAGACAUCAAGAUAUAUUGACCUUCGGAAGUGUCACUACCUGGUUGACCUUGACCUUCCGGGGGAAACCCAGCGAGAGCCGCGCUACGCCAGACUGACCAAGGACUGGACCGUCGUCGCUUCCCAGCCUUUCCUAGACUCCGCCAGAUCUCAUCCGUUUUUCCGGGCUUUCUUCAUCCCGUUUCUGUCGAAGCAUCACACGGAGUUCACGGAUUACAACAUCCUCCAGAACACCAGGCUGCUCGGCAACAAGCGCAGAACGGAAACUAACCAGCAGUAGAACGCUCUGUAGAAUACACACUAUAGAACACAGAACAGAAAGUAACUUACUGUAGAACACACUGUAUAACUAUCUUGUUGUAGAACACCGGCUACACAGAACAGAGUACUGGUAAAACACAAAAGAAUUCACAAUAGAACACUGGAAACACAAAACAAGCUAACCAGCAGUAGAACACACUAUAGAACACCAGCUACACAGAACAGAAACUUACUGUAGAACACACUAUAGAACACUGGCUAUAUAAAACAGAAACUAACCAGCAGUAGAACGCUCUGUAGAACCCACUAUAGAACACUGGCUACACAGAACAGAAACUAACUGUAGAACACACUUUACACAAAACAGAACACAAUGUAGAACACUGGCUACACAGCACAGAAUACCGGUAACACACAAAAGAAUGCACAGUUAGUGAGUGGAACACUGGCAAGACAAAAUAGAAGCUAACCAGCAGUAGAGCACUCUAUAGAACACUGGCUACACAGAACAGAAAAUAACCAGCGCUAGAACACAAUGUAGAAAACUGGCUACACAGAACAGAAACUAACCAGCAAUAGAAUGCAAUAUGGAACACAGAACAGACACUAUAUAUAAUGCACAGUCCAGCUACACAGAAAAGAAACUAAGCAGUUGUAGACCCCAAAAUUAGAACACUGGCUACCCAACACAAAAUAAUACACAAUAGAAUGCACAUUAGAGCACCAGUAACUCGAAACACAAACUAAACAGGCAAUAGAUCACACAGUAGUUUAAGUCUUGGCUUCUGUCUAGAAGUAGAAAUCUCUACUCUUGUCAAAGAGCCAUUUUAUCAGGUAAAAGUUUUGCCAGUUGACUCAGUUCUACCGUAAUGUAUUUUAGUAGGACAUGUUGGAAAAAGUUCUGCACCCAGUUUUUUUUAAUUGAUAUACCAAAGAAUAUACAGAAAUUUGCUACUAGUUGAGCUCAAAAUAUCACAAAUUUUGAAGAAAAAAAGUCUCCCAGGAAGCAUGUAUUACGAAAACUAAAUAUUUGUUUUUCCAUUUUAAUUUCCACUCCAAAAUUGCUAAGGACUUUUCCUGCCAAAUUGGACCAUUUCACAGCAGUUAAGCAGAAAUUUAGUCAGUGACUGUCAAACAUCAAAAUGUACAGAAAUCAUGAAGAAAUCCUUGUUAAUAGAUAAACACAACUGGAACUAUAAAUAAGUGUGAUACUAUAUCGAUGUAAAGAAAAAUUAGAGAUAGCAGAGGUGACAUUAACUUCAUACUUUCUCAUCUACAAAAGUAAUGAAUAUUCUUUUCUAUUGGUAUUAUGAGAGUUGGAUUCUUGCUUACUUUAUUUUGAUUAUUUACAUUGAUAGAUGUUGAU